AUGCAAGAAGAAGAGGAUUGUUGUCCGGUUUGCCAGGGCAUUGUCAGAAGGUUUUGGAUCAAGGAUGCCGUCCAGGGUUGCACCAGCUGCCAGAUCUUCGCUGGAACCCUUCGUCAUUUUUAUCCACCGGACGGUCCCCCGGGGAAGGUGGUUCUCUUGCCAAACUACUCUGGAGAUCAACUACCCUGCGUUCAGAUCAAUGACGCUGACGAGGACUGUACUCCUCCGACUCGUAUUGUAUUCUAUGUCACACGUGAAGAGGAUGUCCAGUCCGUCGCAUCGAACGUAGGAGAUUUCUUCGGCAGCUUGGCUGUGCGCCGGGAUAUCGAGGAGUUGCCCUCCGGUCAGCCCAGUGUUGACCAGAUAAUCACCUGGAACCACCGCUGCCGCGAGUCUCAUCCCAAGUGUCAACGAGAGACGCCACUCUUACCGACCCGGGUGAUUGAAGUUAGCACGAAAGACGGGCAUUGUCGUCUGUAUGAAUCACAUGGCGAGCACGCAGACUACACUGCGCUUUCUCAUUGUUGGGGUAAAAUCACCAUCCUGAGGACCCUCAAGAGCAAUAUCGAGGCUCAUACCAACUGCAUUAAGCUUGAAACAUUGCCCAAGACAUUCCAAGAUGCCAUCAAAAUCACUCGCAUUAUAGGUGUUCGGUACUUAUGGAUUGACUCCUUAUGCAUCGUCCAAGACAGCGCGGAUGACUGGGCGAGGGAGUCGGCCACGAUGGCCUCAAUCUACCGAAACGCGUAUCUGACGCUGGCGGCAACGGCUGCUAAUGACGGUUCGGAAGGCUUGUUCAAGCCCCGCCAAGUUGACACGUACUUGCACGCGCUGAGCAGCACCCAAAAUGCAUUGGAUGGCGUGUAUAUUCGGGCCAGAAGGCAGCGGAGACAUGACUGUCUCCGCCAGCUGGACGAUCCAUCGUAUCACUUGGGGUCUAACCCAUUGAUGACACGUGCUUGGUGUUUCCAGGAGCGUAUGUUGUCGUCAAGAAUCCUCCACUUCGCAGACGACGAAAUGGUCUGGCAAUGUCAGGAGGGUAGGAGCUGCGAGUGUGGCGUAUGCAAGGACUACCCACUCGAUGAGCCGAGCAAAGUGACUGGCAGCGAUACCACCGCUCAGGAAAGAAAGUCCCAGGCCCUCGAGAUGGAGCAUUCUUGGCAUAAGAAGAUUCGCGACUACACAUCUUUGGAUAUCACAAUGGACACUGACCGCCUGCCGGCGUUCUCCGGAAUAGCGAGCACUCUGGUAGCUGCUAAUGAGUAUAUGGCAGGCAUUCGGCAAAGCCGCGCGCUCGACGAUUUGCUGUGGUCUUCAUCCGCUGAACCACCGCCACGCAGGCCCGACACCUAUCUUGCUCCUUCAUGGUCCUGGGCCUCGGUCAUGGGCCAGAUUAAGAACGGUCCACCGAGUGAUGAUAAGACUAAUUUGGCGCAAAUCGAGAGUAUAUCAACAAUCAAAUCAACCGUGGAUGAAUUCGGGCGCGUCAAGGCGGGCGAGUUGAAGAUUUCAGGAAUAUAUCUCAAAGCACUGGUGAAGCAGAGAGAUGAGAAUGACAUCAUGAAUCCAUCGACGUUUUCGCGGUCCUGGUUGAGAGUAGAGAUACCAGAUCUGCAACUACUCAUCAAAGUAUGGAACACGGUACCGUCCCUCGAUACCAUCGAGGAUGCUCGUGAAAUGAUCGGCCAGUCUCACAGCAAAGCAUCUGAGCCAUCGCCCAUCAAACCUGCCAAUACCAUUUACAUUGGCGUUCAGCCGAGUAGCUUUGACACUCCUCUUCUUUAUCAAAGGGCAGGCAACGUCUAA